AUGGAUAGUAGUAAAAUGGAACUCUUUUUCGAAAUAUUGCGUCGCAAAACACAUAUUUUUUGCGAUGUCAAAGAAAAUGCAACAGUUUUGGAACUUAAAAAAAUAGUUGAAGGUAUUCUAAAGAUACCAAUCAGUAAACAAAUUUUGAAAAAACAAACCGAAGAUGGUUUCUGGCAUACAAUUGAGGAUCGUCAAACUCUUUCUGAGUGUGGUUAUACUCCUCAGAAUUCCCGUGCACAAGCACCGACACCGCUAGCACUUGUUGUCGCUAACGGUGAGGAAGAAGAAGACGUUGUUAUUGAGCCGCUGUCAAUCCCACCGCCUGUACCGGAUGCAAUGAGGCCUGAACAAGCCGCUGCGAAUGAACAAUGA